GGGAGGAAGAGAUGCGAGUGACAGGAGGAAGAGAAAAUAACCGAAUGAGACUACGAGGUUUGCUGGAGCCGAAUAUUACACGCAGCAUUUUAGAAAAAAACACGUACGCGCACUGAGGGCAUAUACUGGAAUUCAACCAAGGUUUUUUUUUUAUUUCAUCGGUAUCUUUAUUCGAGGAAAUCGCCCGCCCCCGUCCCUAGUGACCCAGAGAGUAACAGUAAACAGUUCUUCGGUAGAUGGAGAAACAGGCCGGAACAGCGGACGGAGCAGGGCCGAACAGAAAGCCUUGGGGGUCGCCGACCUCCGGACAAGGCGCUGGUGAAACCCUGGACAGUCCAACAGGUUCUCAUGUAGAGUGGUGUAAACAGCUGAUAGCAGCUACCAUCUCCAGUCAGAUCUCAGGAACAGUCCCACCUGAUAUCGUGAACAGGGAAAACAAGGUGUCCAAGAGGCUGAAUCCCAGGCAGGAUUUACAUGAUGAAGGGCUUUGUUACCAUGGAGAAAGUGAUUCUGAGCAUCCUUCCAGUGCUUUGAACCUUCCGGCUCUGAGAUACGGGGCGCAGGUCAGAAUGUUCCAGAACCAGAUUCCUCUGCUGCCAGGAGAGACCAUCCAGACAACAGUCAAGGAUGUGAUGUACAUCUGUCCAUACAGUGGUCUAGUUAAUGGGACUCUAACCAUCACAGACUACAAGCUUUACUUCACCACUGUGGAAAGGGAGUCUGCGUUCGUUCUUGAUGUGAACCUGGGAGUCAUCAGCAGACUGGAGACCAUCAGUGUUCCCACUCAGGGAGAGAACACCAAAGGACUUGAGCUGGUCUGCAAGGACAUGAGGAGUCCCAGGUUUGCCUAUAAGACAGAAGAGAGCCAUCCAGAUGUGGUAGAGGCGCUGGCCAAACAUGCCUUCCCGCUCUCCCAUGACCUGCCUCUGUUCGCCUUUCUGUACAAGGAGCAGUUUCCUGUGGACGGCUGGAAGGUGUACGACCCAACCGCAGAGUACAGGCGCCAGGGCCUCCCUAACGAGAGCUGGACAAUCAGUAAGAUUAACAGCACCUAUGAGCUGUGUGACACCUAUCCCUCCAUCUUGGUCAUUCCCACCAACAUCACAGAUGAGGACAUCAAACGCGUGGCUGUGUUCAGAGCCAAGCACCGAAUACCGGUCUUGUCCUGGAUCCACCCAGAGUCUCAAGCCACCAUUGUACGCUGCAGCCAGCCUUUGGUCGGCCCUUCAGAUCGGCGCUGUAAAGAGGACGAACGCCUCCUCCAAAUCAUCAUGGACGCCAACGCCCAGUCCCACAAGCUCACCAUCUUUGAUGCCCGGCAGAGCAGCGUGGCAGUUACCAACAAGGCUAAGGAUGGAGGCUUUGAGAGUGAAAGUUUCUACCCCAACGUGGACCUGAACUUCCUGGAAAUCCCUAACAUUCACGUGAUGAGGGAGUCGCUGAGGAAGAUGAAGGACGUGGUUUAUCCAACCAUAGAUGAAGCCCACUGGCACUCCGCCAUCGACCAGACGCACUGGCUGGAGUACAUACGGUUGUUAUUAGCGGGAGCAGCAAAAAUAGCUUAUAAGCUGGAGUCUGGGAAGACGUCGGUGGUGGUUCACUGCAGCGACGGCUGGGACCGAACUGCUCAGCUCACCUCUCUGGCCAUGCUGAUGCUGGACAGCUACUACCGCACGCUCAGAGGAUUCCAGGUUCUGGUGGAGAAGGAGUGGAUUAGUUUUGGACACAAGUUUGCUGCGCGUGUGGGUCACGGCGAUGAGAACCAUGCUAACUCGGAGCGCUCCCCGCUCUUCGUCCAGUUCAUCGACUGCGUUUGGCAGAUGACUCGACAGUUCCCAGCAGCCUUUGAGUUCAAUGAGCUGUUCCUGAUCACAGUGCUGGACCACCUCUACAGCUGUCUCUUCGGUACAUUCUUCUAUAACAGUGAAGCAGAGAGGGCAGCCAAGGAGGUGCAGACCAAGACCAUGUCCCUGUGGUCCUACAUUAACAGCCAAACCGAGGACUUCACCAACCCCUUCUACGUGGACUAUAAGAACCACGUUCUAUAUCCACUGGUUUCUUCCAGACACCUGGAGCUGUGGACCAGCUACUACGCCCGCUGGAACCCACACAUGAGACCACAGGUGCCGGUGCACCAGACCCUGAAGGAGCUGCUGAUCCUCAGAGCUGAGCUGCAAAGGAGGGUGGAGGAGCUCCAGAAAGAGUUCUCCUCCCAUUCCCUGUCCUCCUCUGAACACUCCCCCUCCCCUACACACACAGCAGGAACUCCGCUGCACACUGCUGUCUAACACACACACAUCAUAAACACUCCUACAAAUCACUGCCUGUCACUCACUCACACACACACAGUUACAUGCACGUUUUAGGCCAAUUGCUACAAAUACUAAGCAUAACAGUGUUUCCAAUAUGAAGAGUUCUUACAUUUAUAACAACAUUCCUAAAUUUCUACAAAACAAACAUUUUUAACAAAGUGAAAUGAUGUUUAAAAACUCACCUGACACGAGCAUCAGUGACCUAACGGAACCUUCCUGUGCUUGUUUCUGUUAUUUAAAAAUGUUUCAGCUCAGUAAAGUGGUUUUAUUUGUGUAUCUCGGGGCUGUGUUAUUCAGAAAUCUGCGUGCGGCUGCCUGUCACACAUUUACAGUUAUAUUAGUAUUAUCAGCUCCCUCACACUCAGAUGUGGACGGCGUUUGAUCGUCUUUCUCUUUUCCUUUUCUUUACGUUGCCAUAAGCCCAGAGUGUUUUUUUUGUUGUUCCAUCAUUGCCAACCACUUUGUCCUUUACUUUUUUUGCAAUAUAAUUUUGUCUUUUAAUGUAAAUAAUGUGUGUAAUUAUGUAAAGUCAAACACACCCCCCCCCCCCCCCUCUAAAUGAGCCAUCAUCACUUCUAACAUUCCAUAUUAAAGUAAAAAAAGAAAAGAAAAGAAAAGAACAA